UUUGUUGUUGAUGCAUUCCAGUCUCAGAAUUUGUCUGGAGGAAGAUUAUAGAGCUGGCUUACGAACUCCCUUGCUUGAACCAUCUUUAUUAUUUGUUCGUUUGUUUUUGUCUGAUGAUGGUAUCCCUUAUGAUGUUUUCCAUGACUUGAGGCUACAGUGAUGAGGCUACACAGCUGUACCAUAGCUGGUGUGGCGACACUUCUUCUAUGUCUAAUAGUGCCAAUUCAAAGUCGGAAAUUGCAUCACAACAAAGAAUCUAAACAUGGCCAUGUAGAGAGAAACCAAGAAUCUAAAGAAGGUUCAGAGAGAAACAGUGAUUUAUAUAAUUUGUUAGCUAAAUAUGAUGAGCAAGUAGACGAAUGCCAUAAAGCAGCUUUACAUAAAUGUGGCCAAACUUUCUUACGAGCACACAAAUUAUUGUCGUAUCUGGACGACAGCAUGGUGGCUUAUAGAACAAAAUGUGGUGUAAGGACGGCUUUUUUUGACUGUUUGAAGACAACGAGAGAAAAAUUUUGUAGCAAGCGUUAUAAGCACUACGUCAACUAUGAACCGGACUUCAGAAAGAGACUGACAGACGCCUUGUGGUCUUCCCGAAUUUGCGUUUUGGGAAUUAAAAGCUAUCGAUAAAUGUGAGAUUGCCAAAAUAAAACAUUAUAUUAUAGUCUCUAAUUGAUUAUAUUGUAAUGAAUACAAAAUGUAAAGUAACACUGAGAGAAUAAAUAAAAGAUUCUGUGUAUUACGUUAAAAA